CUCUAAUGCACGGCACCCUCUCCGGCCUGCUGUCACCACACCCAGAUAUCCCCCGCCGUCACCCCAGAGCUGCACAGGCAGCUCGCCUUCACCACGUCUUCCUCAAAGAAGAGAAAGCUUUCUCGCAACCAGGCGCGCAACAACGACGACGUAUCUAAUACAUCCUCCCCCGACACUGUGUUGCCGUCGUGCGAGCCCAACGACGACCCAUCCUUCUCCUUCUCGGCCACCUCCACUGACGGCCACUCGACCCCGACGUACCUUCGUGGGGACUCUUACCCGGCGUCGAGCCUGCCCGCCCGACUGCAGCAGACAACCUCUCUCGUCUCGGCCGACUACGCCUCUAGCACUGCCUCCUCGCCUUGCGGUGUUGCCGACCUGUCCAUUGACAGCGACCGCGGAGGCGACAUUUCUGGCGCCGAGACUGGCACUGCGCUGACGUCCUUUUCAGCCAGAAGCCGGUCUCCCUUCAACGUUUCCCGCCGUGCCAUCAUGACUAGUGAUGCCAACCCUCACCAGCGUUCUUCUUCGCCCCUGAAACGCCGUGCCUCCAGCAUGGACCCCGAUGCCGAUGUCAGUAUGAGGGAGGAGGAUGUCGACAUGCCCGCCCCCGCCCACUCCACCGACGCCGCCGACCCCGACGACGCCGCCUCUGCCCAGACCGAGUCCAAGGCUCAUCUGUCCAGAGCCAUGAGUGUCGACUUGCCCGAGACUGCUGAAGGUGGCGCAUCCGGCGCAUCCAGGAACAACAACAACAACAACAACAACAACAGUAAUCUCCCUCCCAUGGAAGAGCAGAUCAAGACCAUCCAGACCCUCCUCAAGGCCUUCAACGACGAACCCCCGAAAGUCGGCGAUGUUGCCUACAUUGUGUCGAGAUCAUGGGUGGAGGAGGCUUUGGCUCUUGGCGGAGACCCCAAGUUUGCCAAGAAAGAGACAACGAACGAGCCGCUGGGCCCCGUGGAUAAUUCGGAUCUCAUCCUCGAGGUCCUCCAGUUACCCAAUGGCGACGACUUUGUCCGCAUGAAGCCUGGCACCAGCAUGGGCGAGUGCGAGCUCUUCCCGGAGGACGCCUGGACCCUCGUCUCGGAGUGGUACGGCGUCAAGGACGGACAGAAGCCCGUCGUGCGUCAUGCCAUCAACGCGGCGCCAGAUGCGACAAGCCCGGCCAACGUCUUGUUCGAGUUGAACCCGCCUGUUUUCACCGUCCACAGACUCUGGUCGCUCCCCAGCCCCAUCCAGAUCGACGACGAGCUCAAGAGCAAGAACCCCUUGGUCCUGCCCCGGAGCGCGACGACGCCCUACAACUCGUUUUACAAGGAGAUCAAGCAGCUCACCGGUGUUUCACUGGACCGCAAGAUGCGUGUCUGGCAGAUCAACCAGAUGCCCGCGGCGCAAGAAGGAUCGCCCCCGUCCGCGCUCACGCCGCCCGACUCCCCCAACCCGGACAAGGACGCCGAGGGCCCGUCGGACCCCUGGCAGCGCAUGCUCGUUGAGGUACCCAACUUCACAAGGCUCGGCAGCGGCGAUCGCCAAGUUGUGCCUGCCGUGGACAACACCGUCAAUCCCAACUACAACGGCAGCUCCCCGCUCUCCGUCCACGGCCUGAUGCAGGAUAUGACCCUCGUCAUCGACGAAGAGCUUGCCAAGAACACGUGGGUCUCCAACUAUUUCAAGGGCGGUAAGAAUGACAAGGUACUUGCCUCCCGCGGUUCUGCCACGAGCCUGGUCACUCAAGGCAAGGCCGGCGACAGCAGCGGAAGAAGCAGUCCCGCUCCCUCGGGACCAGUGACCAGGGGCAGAGCCCAGCAGAAGAAGAAGCCCGGCCGCGGCCUCGGCGCUGUCGGCCUGCAGAACCUCGGAAACACUUGCUACAUGAACUCGGCCCUGCAGUGUGUUCGUAGUGUCGAGGAACUGACCAAGUAUUUCCUGACGGAUCAGUACAAGGAGGAACUGAACAAGGCCAACCCUCUCGGCUAUAAGGGUCAAGUGGCCAUGGCCUAUGGUGGGCUGCUGAAGGAGAUAUACGCCGAGUCGAGAGGCGCGGUUAGCCCCCGCGACUUCAAGAACACGGUCGGCCGGGCCCGCAGCACUUUCCAGGGCUGGGGCCAGCAGGACACGCAAGAGUUCCUCGGGUUCCUUCUCGACGCCCUGCAGGAGGAUCUGAGUCGCAUCAAGAAGAAGCCGUACAUAGAGAAGCCGGAUUCUACCGAUGAGAUGAUUGGCAACGAGGAAGCCAUCCGCAAGAUGGCCGAGGAGGUCUGGGACAUCACCCGCAAGCGCGACGAUUCGGUCGUUGCCGACCUCUUCACCGGCCUGUACAAGUCGACCCUCAAGUGUCCGACCUGCGACAAGAUCAGCAUCACCUUUGAUCCCUUCAACAACCUGACGUUGCCGCUUCCCAUGGAGGACAUGUGGAGCCGGACUGUCAAGUUUUACCCGCUGAACGACGCGCCCGUGCAGAUCGAGGUGGAGCUGUCGAAGCACAGCGCCAUCGAGUUGCUGAAGAAGGCCGUCUCGGACAAGACGGGCGUCCCUGUCGAGUUGUUGAUCGGAGCCGAAGAGUUUAAGGGCAAGUUCUUCAAGAUUUACGACGACAAUAGCGAUGUCUCGGACGAGAUUCAGUCGAACGACAUUCCCACGUUCCACGAGCUGGAGUCGGAGCCCACCAACUUCCCCCCAAAGACCAAGAAGAUGGGCACUCCCAGCUCCAUGCUGGACAUUAGCGAGGAGCCUUGGGUCGACCCCCGGUCGGAGCGUAUGGUUGUCCCCGUCCUCCAUCGCAAGAAGAACACGGGCAACACCUACCGGAUGAGAGGAGACGACAUCGCGUCGCCUCCUCACUUCAUCGUUCUCACCCCUCAAGAGGCCCACAGCGAAGACAUUGUCCGUCGCAAGGUUCUGGAACGGGUCGCUACCUUUUCGACCUGGUCCGGGUUCGACGACGCCGACGAAGGCACGGAUACAGACAUGGUCAUCACAUCCCAGUCGGAUGCCGAUUCAUCCGGAGACAGUAAGGUCGUCUCCAAGUCGGUCGAAGGCGAGGAUGACUUGGUGAAUGUGUCGAUUGGCGGGGGCGAGCAGCGGCAAACAACACUGAAGCAGUUCAACACGCGCCGUCCGAAGUGGACCAACCCCAAGGAGUUCUUGCAGCCCCAGCUUCAGAGCCUGUUCGACCUCGGCUACUUCGCUGAGACGAACGACUCGGGUCUGCCAACCGGCUGGCACUCGGUGGACGACAACAAGUCCUUCCGCCCUUUGUCGUCCCGUGCUCCGGAAGCCGAGCAAGACCCCAACAGCCCCGACUCUACCAACGCCGCAGACAGCGAGCAUGACAGCGUCAGUGACGAGCAGUCUCCGCGGUCCGUCGAGGAGCAGACGCGCAUGGCAGACGAGUCGGAGGAGGACGAGGAACCCGUUCGAGUGAUCAAGCCUAAUCGGGGCAGAGGCAACCACAAGGUCGGUGGCGCCCGCCGCAAGUUCAACAAGGGUAACAAGACGUAUGGCAAGAAGGGCGGGAAGCGUCGCAACAAGGACAUGCGCUCGAGCAAGGAGCAGUCCUUCCAGGUUGUUGACGUCGAACCUCAGCCGUCGCCCUUGGACAACGUUCGCGGCGGCCCGCUUGUUCGCCUCGACGAGGGUAUCGUCGUCGACUGGUCCGAGGACACCUGGGACCUGGUUUUCGGCAAGGACUCGCGCGACGCGGAGGACAACCGUGGUCAGAAGACGUUUGGCGAUGUGGAGAAGCUUCGAGACCCCGUCUUGGACCAGAAGCGCAAGUCGCGUCUGGCGCGCAAGAAGCAGGGUAUCACCCUCGACGAAUGCUUGGACGAGUUCGAGAAGGCCGAAGUCCUCUCCGAGCAGGACAUGUGGUACUGCCCGCGCUGCAAGGAACACCGUCGUGCCAGCAAGAAGUUUGACCUCUGGAAGACGCCCGACAUCCUCGUCGUUCAUUUGAAGCGCUUCAGCAGCGCCGGCUGGCGCCGUGACAAGCUGGAUGUCCUCGUUGACUUCCCUAUCGAGGGUCUCGACCUGCACAAGCGUGUCCUCUGCCAGGAGACGGGCAAAGAAGAGAUCUAUGACCUCAUCGCGGUCGACGAUCACUUUGGCGGCCUGGGCGGUGGUCACUACACCGCCUAUGGACGCAACUUUGUUGACGGACAGUGGUACAACUAUAAUGACACCUCGGUCAGCAAGACUUCGCCCGAGAGCGUCGUCACCAGAGCUGCGUACCUGCUCUUCUACCGACGUCGUUCCGAUGGCCCCCUGGGCGGUCCCCGCUUCAAGCAAAUCUUUGAAAAGUUCGACAAGGCUGGCGAAGACGAGGAGGAGGAUGACACCGAUUCGGGGGAAGAUCAGCGUCUCGUCGGGGGCUCCUCCCUAGCUGGAUCGUCGAGACUUGGGAUCGGAGCCGAAGCAAUUCACCCGCGCGGAAAUCGUGGUUUGGCCAGUAGCACAAUGUCCACGGCCAACCGCGCCGGUGAUGACGAGCUGCCGCCUUACGAGGGCAGCUCCAACACCAACGUUGGCAGCGACAACAUACAAAACAGCAUCGAGGACGAGGGCAUUGGCAUGACGGAUUUCACCGGCGGCUCGAACGGCUUUCAGGCCGCGCAGCCUUGGAACUGGAACUCGCUGGGGUCUGCCGACGACGGAACCAACAACUCUCUCGGCAUGGAGGGUUACGGCAGCGAUGACGCCCAGCCUGACUCUUCGGAUGAUCACGAGGCUGGCAACGACACGGACAUGCCCUUCGACGAGACCAUGGGGGAUUACGAGGCCACUCAAGACGAGGCCCCGCCGCCACCCGACUUUGGCGCUCAGGUCGGCCUCUCGGAGAUUCAGAACGCCGCGUGGGACCGUCAGAACAAGCCUCAGGUCAUCUCCGUCCCGGCUGCUGACGACGAUGCCGCCUCUACGGAGGCUGCUGAAAUCCACCUCGACGACGAGGCUGAGCAGCAGCAGCAACAACCCACUCGCACACGGUCCUAGGAGUUUUAGAUGUCGGGCCUCCAAAACGUAGGAUACUGCUUAUUUUUUGUGAAGGGUUGGAGGGAACGGUUGCCCGCUUUGGCGUCGCAGGGGGAGCAGAUGCAAACCCCGACGCAUAUCGAGCCACAAGCAUAUGUUUCGUGAUGAUGGGGUUUAUGAACAGGGGGGUCAGGAAGGGAAGCAUUACAAACAAACACGCACGCGCGCACACACACACAAAAGUAAGAGGAUACAAAUGAGGCGUAAAUAGAGAUAGAGCCCCCUCAGUCCCUGGCAUAUGCGGGGCCGGUCUCUGGCCUCGCUUUCAUUGUUGUUGGGAGUCUUGGACGCAUGAGCCACAUGUGUAUGGCUUUUGAGUAUUAGGGCUCGCUGUAGAGGGAAUUAUAGCCACAUCCGCACCC